AUGUUGCACUCCUCUAAGCAGGAGCAAAAACAGCAUGCAACGAGCACAGCCAGACCAACAGCAAGCAAUACUACAAGUAGCAACAUUAACGCAACUAACAGCAACAAUUUCACCAACAACAAUUACCAAACAAUCGAUAUUCGCACAUUGGCAGCUACAGCGGCACAAUUAGAGACAAGUAAUGGCCAACGCCGUGGUGGCGUUAAUAAAAGUGCCAGAAGCAGCGUCGAUCCAGAGCUUGGCCUCGCUGCAACAGCCACACCAGCAACAGCAACACCAGCAACAAUUGCAACUAAAGCAAACACAGCAACCAGCAGUGGCGGUCAUACAACAACACGAACAAGGCUAAAGGACACAACUGACACAAUAACAAAAAUGCAUUCCAACGAAGAUCCAACAGCGGUAAUUGUCAAUAUUGGCAGUAGUGAGAAGAGUAGUGGCGGUCUAAGUGAUGAAAGUAAUAAGUUACGACGUAUUGGUAGCAGCAGUAGUCGAGCGGGCAGAAGAAGUAGCCAAAAAACAAGAAAAACAAGUUCCUCAAGUGCCAAAAGUGGUGGUAAUGUAGUUUCUGGAAGUAGUGGCGUUACAAAAAAUCCUACUAGUAAUAAAUUAAGUGUUGCCAACACUGGCACAGGCAGCAGUAACAGCAGCAACAGUAAACUACAGCGACAAGCCAGUGAGCAAUCUACAACACGUCAUAGACGUCAACAUUCGACUGCCUCGUCAACGGAUCGAACUGAAACAAAACGUCGUCAGCAGACACCACCCGCUAAUACAAAAGCAAGUACCGAUAAUACCAACACCACAAGGUACAGUAGUCAAUCCAGAUCGCGUUCACAAUCACAACAGCGCAGUGACGAUGAACAUCGUGGAACUGAGGCUAAGCAACGUCGAAGACGAACUCGACGUUUGAGUGCUACGUCUUCGGGAAGUGGUGAUUCUAGCUCAUCUACUGCAUCCAGUUGUAAUGGUUCCUGUAGCUCAGAUGAUGGCGAAUCAAAUAGCUCCACUUCCUCGGGUGAACCAAAUUUACUAUAUCCUGGUUUUCCAGAGAUUAGUCUAAGAUAUCUGACGCAAGAAACGCGACCGCGUAGUUGGUGCUUGAAACUCAUCACGAAUCCAUAUCCUUUUUAA